UCUUAAUACAUAUAUAUAUAUAUAUAUAUAUAUAGUGUUCAUCGUAUUAUAGAGAUGGGAAUACGGUAAACUAGCCCAUUAUAUAUCAGGGUUAAAAAGUGGUGUUCACCAUAUGAGGGUCCGUUUGUGGAUCACAUAGACAACAUAUUAGGAGUUAUCAUGAUACUAUUAAAUGAUGUUCUAUUAAUUUCGUUUAUUAUAAGAUAUAGGUAUUAACCGUACUUAUCAAUCCUAGAUAGUAUUGUGUGAAUGAGUAGGCGUAGGCCAUUGGUAUCUAGGCAUGCGCACUAACGGUGUGUCUAUUGGUCAGGAGGUCAUGACACCGGGGGUCGGUGCGCCGGGUAUAGUCUACUGAUGAUCUCCUAUCGGGGAUAAAUAUCGACCCCCAGGGCAUAAUGAUCAUAGUUCCUGAUCCUCCAAAAGUCUGAAGCGCUAGGCUAAGCUAGUAGACUCGUCAUAGCGGCUGCAGAAAAAAAAAACAUCGAUCCGUCCUGCGCAACUAUGCCUACUGACUGUAAGUAUUCAUGUGAGUGUAAUAUAUUAUUAUUAUUAUUAUUAUUAUAUCAUGACUACGACCAUGUGUAUACGCGACCCAUAUCUGAUUGAUACAUAGUUUUACCGCAGUGAUUUCUGACGUCGGCAAUGAGAGCGUGAAAAAGCAUCAGGGACCACAUGCGCCAGGUGCAUAUGAUAUUCGGUUGAAUAAUCAAAGAACAAUACUCGGAGAUCGGACCAAUGUGGUGGCCAGUGGUAGUUAUGUGCCUAUCGUGAAUAGUGUGAAACAGUGGACCCCUGGAUCAAACCGUCUAUCCAAGAAAAACCUCAAAAGACCGAACCGUGCUCUGCCUCUACCCUGCUCCCCGCUGGCCAUAGAUCAGCCGCAAAUUCCUAAUAAAAAGGGGCGCAAGGACACCGCUCAUAGUGUUUUAACUCUAGAGAAUUUUAACUUGGUUCUCCAUGCAGUGAUAAACCCUCAAAUCGCGCAGCCAGGGACCGUAUGGUCUGAGUCCAAACACCAAGUGGUCGGGGCGGUGGAUGUGCAUGUGUCUGCGCCGCCUGCAGAGACCGUUACUGUACAGCCGGAUGGAUGCAUUCAGCAUGUCCUUGGUGACCCUCAGUAUGCACCACUACCAGAACUGACCGAUGAGGAUCUCGAGGGUCUUGCCGACAUUCCGUUGUGGCCCUCAGCGCUGUUGGAACAGCUCGACUUCACUCCCGCUCAUUGGAUAGACCCUCCAGCUACUUCCGUAGGGGGUACCGCCAGGGCAGAACCUGUAAACCAUCAGCCUGCAGCCCCCGCCUCUGGAUCACUACCCAUCAUCCAGGCCUCUAUCCACGAUCCGCCAGGCACUGUGAGUCCCUACGCCUACGGGGCAGUGGCUACGCUCCUACCAGUCGGUGCAGCGGUUGCUGGUGAAUACAUUGUGGGUGGGCCAUGUAUCAACUGUUGUAAAAAAUGUGCUGGUAAAUUAACUUUGGUAACUACAGCGGCUGAUGUAAAUGCCUUAACCAUUGGUCGUCAGUGUAAACUGGGUGCAUUGUCUGUGAAACGUAAUGACAGCAGAUUUCAGGCUAUCGAAGAGCAAACGAAGCAGUCACUCAAGACACUCGGGGCCAUCAAGGCCGAGAUAGUGCGUGAUCGUCGUGCUAAUGCAUCCCAGAAAGCCGAGCUAGUGCGUUAUGGUCUGGCUAUAGAAUCAAUACAGCAGAAGAAUUUGGCUGUCGAGGCAGCAGUGCGUGUUAACACUCUGGCUUUGGAUAGGGGGCCUAAGAUAUCUAAUAUAGCUCGGAAAAUAUGGCUAAUUGAAGAUACGGCGCAGGAUAACAUCAGGGCCUACAAGGCCAUGUCUGCCCGGAUGACUGUUAUGAAUAAUGCACUGGAUAAGCUCACGAUGAAUCGUUAGUAUUUGAUUUGUGGUUUUGGGGUGUUCUUUUUAUUUUUUGUUUGUUUGCUUUUUUCGUUUAUUCUGUGGAGAGGGUAUUUUUUGUUUUAAACUGAACGUAAUAAAAACUUUUUUCUUUUAAUAUCUGACUAAUUAACUUUUCUUUUUUUUUAUUCUUUUUUUUAUCUAAUGGCAUAAAAACUAUAGCUGAACACUAUGCAUAAAGCUAUUAGCCCUAGAAAAAGGAAAUUCAAAUCUGUAGACGUAAAUCCCAAGAGACGGCGUAGAUCUGAUAGCGGGGAUAGCAUUAUGGAUGUAAAUCUUGAAGAGAUGGCUAUGAGGUAUGAUGCAACCGGCGAUACGUCUCAUUUGCUGGCUGUAGGACGUGUGGGGGGUGGGGGCAUGAGUGCUGAAGGUGGUUUAGACAUGCGGGAAAUACGUGCUGACAUAGCUAGAACUAGACGUGUGUUAAUUGCUGCUGAUGCCUGGGGGGGUCGAAUGACAGAUGCGCUAGACAGGGCUGCUAUGAUAAAUGUUUCGAACGAUCCAUGUGUAGAUGGCGGGGAGGUGUGUGUGGAGUUAGAUGUCCCCGGGGAUUUAGACACACGGGAUGUGUUGUAUGCGGCGGCAUACAACACAUCCAGAGAUGUAAUUAACACUGUCGAUGGGUGGCUGGCUAGCGCCCAAGAGAGGCUAGACAUAGCCGCGCAGAUAGACAUAACAUCGUCGAUAGAUGUAUUGCAUGUGUCGCAGCGUGACGAAGGGGAUGGCGAGGGUUUUCAGGAACCCCUGGCUGCUGCAGGGGGUAGGACUGGUGACUCUAUAGUGUCGAAUAUACAGGACGGUGGCGGUGGCGGUGGUGGUGGUGGUGGCGGUGUUGUUGAUGUUGAUGGUGACGAUGGCGGGGCUGAUGUUGAUGGCUGUGGUGAUGAUGAUGGUGGUGAUGAUGGUAAACCUGCGCCUAUGGUGGCGGGGGAUGAUGAUGACGAGUUGCAUACUAGAUUAUUUCCCCACUUUAACGGUUUUGAGGUUAGACAGUCCAUUGAUCUGAGAAGUAUAUCCCUUGUAAACAUACAAGAGGCCCCUGAUUUGAUCAGGGAGAGGCUGUCGGGGGUCAUAACAAACUGCUCACAAAGUACAGCCGACGGUAGUGUCUUAAACGUUGUUUUGAGAGGGCCUUCACUGGCAUCUGAUGUGCAGGCUGUGCUCGUGGCAGGUGAUGAUUACAAUGCGGACUUGUUUAUGGAUCAUAUUAGCCAAGUCAUACAGAGUAACGACACAGGUCUGACGGAUGACGUGUUAGAGCUGGUGGUCACAGGGGUCCAUAACAAACAGGGUGGUGGGCGUUUGAAGUUAAAAACAAUUCCCUAUGAUGACAUCAUAAACAAGAAGAAAUUAAAUCUCUACACACCUAGUAACACACAUGACAAUUUGUGUUUCUCACUAUGCAUGAUACAUUUUCUGCAGGAGGGGGUAACCGGAGGCAACACAGUGCCCGAAGAGACUAAUUUGGAGGCGGCUCGCAAAUUACAUAGGGAGCUGGGGUACGGUCCAGAUCACUCUGUGGGUUUCUCGGAUGUUUUCAAAUUUGAGAGACAUCUAGAUGUUAAAAUCUUAAUAUUUCAUCAUAAUGAUGCAUUCAAGAAGCUGGAGAUGUUCCAGACGCAUACGGGCCACCAUCCUAAAACAAUAUGGUUGUACCUACAUGAUAACCAUUAUCAUCGUAUAGUGAACCGCACGGCUUUCUUUGGUACGCGACAUGUGUGUGAAUAUUGUUGCAAGGCCCACGAGGGAAUUCUAUUACACAAAUGCCCGGUCCAUUGCAAUGUGUGUCUGACAGUGUGCGAUAGCCUGGCAGGUCGUACUAUAAAGUGCACAGACUGUAGUCGUAUAUGCCGCUCGCAGGUCUGCUACGCCACACAUAAGAAACAUUCUGCCGUACAUAAAAUGAUACCAUGUGAAAAGAUCAAAUACUGCAAUCAGUGUUGUAGACAGUAUAUCAUACCGCAGAAGAAAAAGAAGAGGGGGGAGGAGGAGGAGGAGGAUGCCUAUAAAGGUCAUGUAUGCAGUGUGUCAAAGUGUCAUCACUGCGGUGAACCGAUACUCAGCGACACUGUGCAUGAAUGUUUUAUCCAGCCGUACGACCGCCUUAAGAAAUGCAAACGCAAGGGUCGACGCAAAGGUCGGGGGAACCGACCUUGAAUAUCUAUCCCACUCCAAUAACCUGGAGAUUCAGCACGCUCUCAAGCACGGGGAGGCUGAAUAUGGUCCAUUCUUCCUAGAUGGAUAUGCACCGGCUAUAAACACAGCCUAUGAAUUUGCAGGAUGCUUUUAUCAUGGGUGUGAACGUUGCUACAAUGCUGGGCACCAGAAUCCUGUCGUCAAAAAGACCUAUGGUGAAUUAUGGUUGCAGUUUCACCUCAAAGUCAAGGCCCUCAAAAGAGAUCAUGGUUUAAGAGUUGU